AUGAACUACCUCCAGACCCCGUAUCAAUAUGCGGUGCCAAUUGACCAGCCUAUGGGCUAUGGCAUGCCCAUCUCACAUCAUCCUUACGACCAGCCGAUGGACCAGUGCUACGUUCCUUACCACCAGAAUGACAUCCAUGGCUUCUACACAACCGGUGCCAUCGAGGAGUAUGAGGAAUAUGUUGAGAAUCUGUCACGGCCGCGUUUGACGAAGGAACAGGUUGAGAUUUUAGAAUCACAAUUUCAAGCUCAUCCAAAGCCCAAUAGCAAUACAAAACGGCAAUUGGCCCUACAGACCAGCUUAACCUUACCCAGAGUUGCGAACUGGUUCCAGAACCGAAGAGCAAAGGCCAAACAGCAGAAGCGGCAAGAGGAAUUCGAGAAGAUGCAAGCUAAAGAGAAGGCCAUGGCGGCCGAGGGGGCCGGAAGCAAACAACAAUCCUCAGAGAGCUCAGAUGAACAGCAGAAGUCAGAGCAAGACCAGAAGAACUCGAUGCCGACUCCGACAGAUGCACGUGGAACCUCUUCGAGCUGUAGUGAGCAAGGAGACCAUGGCCUACAAACUCCUGCAGAUGAGAAGCCAGAGCCCAAGUUUGAGGUUGUUAGGCACCAUACCGAAGCGAAAGCUGAAGUUCAGAGCUCAGAGCCAGCGGAGCUAAUCUCAAGCCCGUCCCUUAAGGAUGGUCAGGAGAUGUCAGGCGCUAUUGCUAGCGUGCACAACUCUGCUCAGCCCUCUUUUUCCCAGCCCGAGGCCGAUAACCAUUUCCACCAGUGGGCCUCUACCGGCAUUCCUCAAAUGGCAGUCAGCGUUAGCCCUGCAGAUGCACACCCAGUUUCAAGCGCAGCCCCCAUGAUGGAGAUUGACUCUAAUGGCUACUGGUCCCCAGAUUCUAGCAGCCUUGUCAGCCAGCCAUAUACUGAGCUGCUGUGUAACAACAGCUCGCCAGAGGAGCUCUCUUGCCAAGUUCAGCCAACUACUACAGCAUUUACACAACCUUUUAUGUCAUCAGAGGUACCACUCUACUCUUCGCAGAACAUCAUCAACCAGCGACAGGUUUCCCUGCCAAUAGAGCAAGGCGAUAUUUCUCCUCGCACCGGUAACAGCUCUGACCCUGAGUUGACCAGCUCUGAAGGGCGUCAACUACCUCGUCUUCACAUCUCAACUUCCGACAAUGCAAUUGGCCUUGCAGCGCGAAGAAAGCGCCCGCGACCAGCAGCCAUUGGGACCUCAGGAUUCAGCCGGUCUGUGGGUGGACCUGUAUCAGGGUCACCAACCCGAAGAGUAUCCAGCGCCGCCUGGAGUGGUGUACGAAAGUCAUCACAGAUUGCUGAGCUAAGCCCGAGAUUUGGCGGAAUGAGGAAGAUCUCCGGCUCUCCUAGAUCACCUUUCCCAUACUCCUUGGAUGGGAGACCACAUGCUCUAUCCAGCACAGACUUGGCCGUGCCUCCAUCAACUACAUCUUCUAUACCCCCAGCCACUCCCAUGACACCCGAUGAGAUGCAAUACCUCCUCCCUCCGACACCAAUUGACAACCAGUACUGCCUCUCCCCACAGGAAGAGAUGGGAUACUCCCAUUCCUUCCCAACCUCCCAGUCAAUGACCUUUGAUGAAAGCCAGGAGUCAAAGAGACAGCCACCACCAUUUGUAAUGGUUGGAAUGCACCAUUCCCAGUCAUAUCAGCAAUUUACAGAGCCCAUGUCGGCGCCUCCAAACUUCACUACAUUCACCGAACUUAUGCCGGGCUGUGGGCAGCAACAGCAGCAACAGCAACACCACCCACUAAGCUCAUCUGAGGCUGAGGCAUCUCUCAAUGUUAUCCAUAUGCCUCGACCAACACACAUUUCACCCAUUGCAUAUGAUGACCAAGUACAAAGUGAACAAGUAGAGGAACCUGCGGCUACUGAGGAGUGGCAGGGCCAGGGGCCCUCCGCACAAUCCACAACUGGCCCAAACUCACCUAUUUCAGAGUCCAGCCAAGCCUAUAACUCCACUGACAAGGCAAACACAGAGUUUUAUAUUCAAGAGUUUCCCCAACAGGGCGAAGCUAUGAAGGUGGCUGCAGAGCAGCUCCCAGAGCAACGGGCACGGACAUACACCUUUACCAACCAAACUCCAAAUGACUUUUACCGCACAGCCAUUUUCCCACCCGUAUAA